GGCUCUCUCUGCAGUUAGGGAUUCAUUCACAUCAUUAGAACUGUUUUCUGAAAUGUAACGAUUCUGGUCACGUAGCACGGCUGUCGUAAGACACUGCCCUUGUAACCCAGCAGCAGUAAUAGAGAUUUUAGUGAAGCAGAGCAGAGCAGGGCUGUCAUGGUGCUGAAGAUGAGAGAAGGAUUCUGCUUCAGGAAGAAGAGCAGCGAGGAGGAUGCUGUGACUCUGGGCCUGUCGACUGGCCAGGCUCUGGUGAAGCUGCGGGACCAGCUCAGCGGCCUGCUGGAGCAGCACCAAAGGGCUGCACGCAGACGAGCCUCUGCACAGGAACAGUGGGUAAAUAGCUUUCUUUACCAUGGCAACCGUCACUCCUGUCUCCAUUGGCCGGGAGCUGCCCUCACUUUACUGGCUGUGCUGGGACUCCUCUGUUGCCAUGGCAGCCAGCCAAAGGGCAGUUCUGGUAUAGAGCUGAUGAACGCUGCAGCCCUCCUUCUCCUCCUUCUGCUGAACCUGCUGCUGGUCGGACGCCAGGAGGGGCUGAAGAGGAGUGAGAUGGUCCACCGCCUUAAGGGCAUCAUCACACAGCUCAGUGACUAUCUGUCAGGGUGUGUGGGUGAAGUAAGGUGGCCUCCAUCUCUGUACCCUGAUCUUUACACACCCACGUCCCCAUCCUGGUCCCUCCACUGGACCUACCGUGACUCCCAGUUGGUUAACCUGCCUAUCAGUCUGCUAGUGGAGGGAGACAUCAUCGCUCUGAGACCUGGCCAAGAGGCAUUCGCCUCCCUCCGAGGCAUUAAGGAUGAUGAGCACAUUGUUUUGGAGCCAGGAGAUUUAUUCCCCCCAUUUUCCCCUCCUCCUUCCCCACGAGCCAAUGAGAAGAGAGGACCCCAGAGCCCCCAACAACACCGUCUCUUCAGAGUGGUCCGGACCCCAGUACUGGACAUAGUCAGGAACAGUUUGGAGUUGGCUCUGGCUCGCCCAAUCACGGUGCUUGAUAAUGAGAGGUUUACAGUGCAGUCAGUUAUCACCAAACUAGUCUGUCCUGUCGUGUUGGUGGCGUUCCUGCUCGUGAACACAAUCCGCUUUUUUUGUGAUGCGCCCAGCCUCACCCCACCCUGCUACAAUUUCUUUCAACUUCAGUUGAUGGGUGUUCUGCCCAUCUUGCCUUUGCUCUUUCCCGUGAUGUGGGUGCUGUUGAAUGCCUUCGGAGAAGCCAGGGUCCUCGCUGAGUUCAGUCGUGCAUCACCAGCUGGUCUGCUUGCUAAGUUCUCUGAGGACACUCUAAGCAGCUACACCGAAGUGGUUUCCUCCCAGGAGAUGCUGCGCUGUGUUUGGAGACACCUGAUUGGGGUCCUAAAGGGAGAGUCUCAGACACUGUGUUAUACUUCCAGCCUUUUACACACUCUGGGAUCUGUCACUGUGCUGUGUUGUGUGGACAAGCAGGGUAUUCUGUCGUGGCCUAAUCCCAGUCCAGAGACAGUCCUGUUCUUCAGUGGAAGGGUGGAGCCACCUCACAACAGUCAGGAUGAUCUCAGAGACGACUUGUCCGUCAAUUCCUACUGCCGAAUGGAAGCAGAUGAUGACAGGGAUGAGGCCCAGGAAGCAGAGGCUCUGCUCUGUCUGCCAGCAGAGUCCUCCACCCAGUUGGGGGAGGGACCUGAGCCCAGCGAGACAUCACAUGACACUGCUCUCUCAACUGACAAUCUCCGGCUUCUGCGCUCGUGCCAGUCUUCACAUACACGCAUCAAACACCACUCUGGGUCCAACGUGAGCUUCAGCCAUGACACUGAGGGAGGCGAAGACGAUCAGGGCCAGGACUUUGCGUUGGGCUGCCCGGAGGCUGAGGCCGAUGACUUUGUGUGUGACUACCACCUGGAGAUGCUGAGCCUGUCACAGGACCAGCAGAACCCAGCCAGCAUCCAGUUUGAUGACCUUUCCUGGCAGUGCCACCUGCCCUCCCUCAAGCCACUUGGCCUCAACAUUAUGCUGAACCUCUGCAAUGCCAGUGUCACCCAGCAGCUCUGUCGCUUCUCAGACCACCUGUCCAACCUGGCUCUCCAGGAGAGCCACGGUACUGUACUGCCCGUCUACGUCCCCUGGGGGCUCUGCGAGCUCUCCAGGCUGAUAGGGUUCACUCCUGGUGCAAGGGAGCUAUUUAAACAGGAGAACCACUUGGCUCUGUACCAGCUGCCAUCUGGAGAGAAGACCAAGGAGUUCACCUCCCGCCGCCUUCAUUACUUCACCAAACGGCAGCCUCCCAUCUCCCACCUUAUUUCCCUGUUUGUACGAGACUCUUCCUCCAAUAACGUCCAGAUGCUGUCGCAUGGCUCAGCUGACCUAAUCCUGGAGGCCUGCACUGACUUCUGGGAUGGAACAGAUAUCUAUCCCCUCUCAGGCUCUGACAGAAAGAAGGUUCUGGAUUUCUACCAGCGUGCCUGUCUUUCAGGUUACUGCUCAGCAUUUGCCUACAAGCCCAUGCAAGUGUCGCUGUCAGACCAACUGAAUGGGAAGUGUGUGGAGCUGACCCCUGGUCCCUGCCUGUUCUUCGGAGUGGAGCUGCCCUCCACCACCCCCAUCAAACACAGCUCCUGCAGGAACAGCUGGAGCUCCGAUGAGGGUAUAGGUGAGGGUGUGGAGCGAGAGGACUGUGUUCAAGCCCUCAGUGGGCAGAUCUUUAUGGGCAUGGUGUCUUCCCAGUACCAGGCGAGGCUGGACACAGUUCGACUAAUAGAUGCCCUGGUCACAGCUUGUAUCCGGUUUGUUUAUUUUUCAAUGGAGGAUGAGCUCCGCAGCAAGGUUUUUGCAGAGAAGAUGGGUUUAGAGACAGGCUGGAACUGUCACAUCUCAUUGACUCCAAAUGGGGACAGUCCUUGUGAUGGAGCUCCAUCCAGCCCCACUCAGGGCUCCUUGCAUGAAGACCUGAACCAAGAUUCUCGAGAUGAAGCAGAAGGUCCACUGCUGCCAGAAGAGGAAGGCCACUCUGACCUGGCAAGUUUCCAUCCCACAGACAGCGAUGUGCCCAGCUUCCUGGAGGACUGCAACCGGGCCAAGCUACCUCGUGGUAUCCACCAGGUUCGUCCUCACUUGAAGAACAUUGAUAAUGUGCCUCUUUUGGUGCCACUCUUCACUGACUGCACCCCUGACACCAUGUGUGAAAUGAUGAAGAUCAUGCAGGAGAACAGGGAGGUUACAUGCUGUCUGGGAAGCUCUGCCAAUUUCCGCAACAGCCGCCUGUUUCUACAGAGUGAUGUCAGCAUUGCUCUGGACCCUUUGUACCCAUCUCAGUGUUCAUGGGAGACAUUCGGCUAUGCCACUGGAGGAGGAUUUAACGGAGAAGCUGAGGGUCUGUCUCCACUGAGGCUCUCCGGACAGCUCAACAGUCUGGGCUGCUCUGUCACCUUCCACCAAGGAGAGAGUGUUAGCAUGGUCAAGCUCAUAGAGCAGGCACGACACACAACCUACGGCAUCCGCAAGUGCUUUCUUUUCCUGCUGCAGUGUCAGCUAAGUCUGGUCAUCAUCCAGUUCUUAGCCUGUCUUGCUCAGCUUCCUCCUCCUAUGAACACCACGGACAUCCUCUGGCUGUCCUGCUUCAGCUGCCCACUGCUAAGUGUGUCACUUUUGGGGAAGCCACCUGAUAAUUCAGUGAUGACAGUUGCCACUGGGAAGAACCUAGAUGCAAUUCCAAGGAAGACCCAGAACUACUUCCUUGGCUGUUUCCUGUUGAAGUUUGGCCUGACAGUGUGUGCCUACCUGUUGGCCUUUGGGUUCACCCUGCAGGAGAUCUGCCUCAGAAGCAGCAACCUCACCUUAGCUGACAACACCAAUGUCUCCUGCACUCAUAUUCUCACAGCCAGCUCCUUAGAAAAAGCUCCUCAGUGGUUUAAUGAGCUGUCAAACAGCCUGCUGCUGACUCAGAAGGUCAUGGCAGGAUUCCUCGCCUUACACACUGUGGUGAUCUCCCUAAGCUACGUCCACCGCUCUCAGCCUCUGUGGAGAAAGAGUCCCUUCAGCAAUACGUGGUGGUGUCUUACUGUACCUGUGGUUCUGCUCAGCCAGAUUGUUCAGGCCACAGUGGAUUACCAGUUAUGGCGUCACCAGGGCAGCCUCCUGUCCUUUAACCUUGGUGACAUACCCCUGCUAGCAUGGCUGCUGGUCUCUCUGUCCCCACUGCUGGUGGUGGUGGUCAACGAAGUGGUGAAGCUACAUGAGAUACGGGUGAGAGUUCGCUACCAGAAGAGACAGAAGCUGCAGUUUGAAACAAAGCUGGGGAUGAACUCUCCAUUCUGAUGUGUUCUGUCUGAGGACAUUUGUGUUAUGGCAGUACUGGGAACCAGUCAGACAGUCCUGGAAACCAGGGAAAGGCAGGGUGCAAACACUGUAGAACUCUCCAUGAACACUUCAGCCUGACCGUACGGCCACCAUCAGGUGGAGCAGAUAUCAACCAAAUAUCACGGUGGGGGUUUAUGACACAGAUGUUUAAGCUCCUAGGUCUGUUUUCUUCAGACAGUUGAUAUUGGUUAUCUGAAGUGCAGGAAACUGAAAAAUUCCAAAGCAUUCAUUUUCAUUUAAUAGAAAAGAGCCAAAAAUAGGCAACUAUUUAUUAUCUGGUUUUAGUUUUAAAGGCAUGAGGAAUGUUUUCUGAAGGGGUUUAUGGUUACACACUGUCACUUCUGUUUUCCAUCUUUGGGAGACUUGUGCAUGGUCGCUUUCAUCUCCAGGAAUGCUCCAGGUCCCAAACAAUCCACUAAAAGCUGCUUCACUUUUAAAGGAUGUUUUUAUGAAGUUCAUUUUGAAGUCUUAUCAUUACACCAGCCCAGCCUUCAUUCAAAUAAACAUAAUAGUAGUGUGAGAGAAAACACAAGGUGGUCUGUAACCAUGGAGUCCCAAGAGUUCAAUAAUACAUACAUAAAUAAAUGACUGAAUCAAUAAAUGGAUGAAUAAAUAAAUAUAGGCAAAUAAUUAUUACAUUGAUAAUAACACCCCCCUCCCAUAAUGCCACACUGAAUGAUUGUUGUGUUGUGACCGCUUUCUCCCCUUUCAGCCAAUUACAGGCCUUUCUUCGUUUUAAGAUAAAAACCUAGAUGAAGUCGCUGCAGCAUUCUGGUCAGUUUGGAUUUUGGCGUUUGUUAACCCAAUCAAAGGCAGAAUGGAGGCGGGUAGAUGCAGAAAUGUAGCGUGGAAAAGUAUAACGCAGUUGCCAGAUGUAGCCAGUUAGCUCCUGUCAACAAGAGCAACAAAAAUGUCAGAAACAAUUCAGAAUGAUUUUUUUCUAGCUGCUGGUGUAAUUAGAAUGUGUACAUAGACACUGAAGGCUGCUCAUACCUACUUACCUGUAUUUAUUACUCAGCAUCAAGCUGAAAAAACAGGUUAGCAGCAGCUAAUGUUUGUUAUUUAUUUGUAACACUGUCUCUCAACUCUAAUGCUGACUAACAGUCAAAGCUCACAAGCCAGCCUAGCUCGUUAGCCAGGUUAGUAGGUAGCAUUUAGUCUGUGUACUGUGUUUCUCUACAGCAGCAGCAGCUUGUUGGUUGAAUCAGAAUUAUUUGACAUUGCUGUUUCUCUAGCUAACAAGAGCUAACUAGCUAGAUUUGGUAGUUGCAGUUGUUGAGCUUUCAGGGGUACGUGAAUGAUGGGAGGGUGGGGUGAACGCCACAGUCAUGAAAAGGGGCAUCGAGAAAUACACGUUUUGAAAUAUUUUAUUGGUUGGGAGAAAAUGAAUGAAAUAUAGAUAUUGAUGAGUAAAACCAACUUUUGACUAAUAAUUUCUGUAUUGGUGUAAAAAUGAUUACAAAUGAAACUCUUAAUAUCAUGAUACAAAUCUUAAAUUCCUACAAUUAUUGACUUUUAAAUGGCUUUUAUUUUUGUUUGAUAUUGGACACUUUGGGGCUCCAUGUGUAACAAGAUUUUUGGUCAUUGCUUCAUUUACAGAAUAUAGUGGAACACUACCUCUGAAAAAAUGUGACAAAGAAGCUUGUGCAAGCUUUCUUUUUGAGCAGUUUCUGUUGUUGAGCCAUUGAGCCACAUUUUAAUCUUCACUGUGCAAGACAGAGUUCUCUAUUAUUUUGUAGUAUUUUGCAACAAAUGUUCUUUGAGUGUUACUCAAUUCCCGAGGGAAGCCGAGGUCAGACCUGCUCUAACACAAAAAGGAAUGAAAAUUAUUGAUUGAAUUGGAUCAGUCCCAGUUUUUACACAUAUUUACAUUUAGAUAUACACUGUAUUCCCAGUUAACCAACUGAAGAAUUUGCCAGCAUGCUAUUUUUGAAUCCACGCAUCUGGAUGUGCAGUGAUCUUAGCAAGUCCCUCCCUAAGUGAUGGAUUUACUGAAAAUAAUACAAUGUUUACUCUGGUGUGCUGACAUACCAGAGUCUUCUGAAAGGUGCUUCAUAUCAUUCAGUUGCCUUCCUCCUCAGCCUGUCUGCCUGUUUCAGCUCUCAACACCUCGACAGACAGGCGCUCAGGAUACUGUUUAGUUUGAAAGUGUAGAAAAUGAAUACUUAAGUAGAUUUCAUCUGCAAAAUGGUAACAGUUACCCCGGAUUUCAUAUUUGAUCUGCUGACCAGCAUGUUCCAGAGAACUUUGAGUGUCCCAGUUUGUUUGUUGUCACACAGUUAAUGUGCAGCAUCAGCAGCAGACGUUUGUAUCACUGAUGUGCUUUUUCAAUCAAACCAGCUAUCUGUGUGGUGCUGUCAUCUAUGUGGAUGGACAUGAUUUUCAUAUUGCUACUUUAAGAAGGAUGAGGAUGACAUUUACUGGUAAUACAUUCUGAACUAAACACCAUGCUUUUAUUCCACGCCUAAAAAUUGUCUUCACACAAACACUAAACAAUCAUUCGGCUGCAUUAACUGUCAUUAUGAGCUGUACCGCCCAAUUCAGGAAUAUAUUUCCUUUUAUUGUUUAUUUGGGAAUCAGUCAUAAGUUGUAUUCCAGUUUUAAAUCUUUUUCCUCUGAAAGAAAUAAUGGUGAUAGAGGAUUUUAUCCAUAGAACCUACCAAUAUUCUGAACAGAUUUGCAGUCACACAGAUAGAUUCAAAGUUAUUUUAAAAACUGAACAUUCAAAGAUCUGUUUGUAAUCCAGCGUUGAUUAUUGUCCACUUGUAGUGUUAAUGUAAAGAGAUGGCAAACAUGGCAUCUGGGGUUUAACUCCACUCUGUAGUCAUUGAGGACACUGACGUCAUGGUCUCUUUCAAUAUGGAGGUUUAUUUUACAGGCUGAUUACAGAAUCAGUAUAUUUGAAUUUGCCUUCUUUUAACUAAACUAAAUGCCCAUAUAAUUCAACAUGAUUCCAUCAGAUUUGUGUUUCUGGUAGCAUGGAAAGUGUUUUAAUCUGAAUGCUAUUUGCAGAACAGUUUUUACAGACAAUCUAAAUAUACGGUUAACUGAAUGGAUAAAAUAAGAAAACAAAUCAAGUAAUUAAAACAUUCAGCAGACUUUUAUUUUUGAUGGGGGUGGGGGACUUUGACCCAUGACCUCAGUAUCUUUAAUGUCUUGGUUACAGCCCUGUUUAACCUGUGCUCGCUUUCAUAGUUGUGCCUGUAUGAGUUCACAGCUACAAAUGCUCUUCAAGUUCCACUUUUCAUUUAGGGGUGUGUGUGAAAAGCUACAAGUGAAGAAAAGCAAAAGCACAAUGAUGUUCUCUGGCUGUGCGGCACUAAAGCACUCGUGCUCACUUCUUCUGGAUGGACAAGUCGGCAUGAAACUGCUGAAGAUGGUUUUAAGAUAUUACAAUGCAAAAAAAAAUGUAGGAUUUUAUUUUUAGUUGGCCCUGUUUUAUUUCAUGACAAACAUAUGGACUAUGCUGCAUGAAUAAGAUCCAGUGAAUGCUCUGUCUUGAUCAAUGUACAUUAUCUAUAGUUCUACUGUUAAGUUCACAACACAGACAGACUCAGUCAAGCAUGGACUUCAUACUGUAUGUCAUCAGGCCUCUGGUGCAAACUGCAGAGUUGAUGCUUGGCGUUUUGAUAAUAUUGCCACACACGUGCUUAGAGCUGAAGCCUCUGCCAGUUGAUUUGUAGGGUCGGGUGGGUGGUGAUGGACUGUGAUAUAGCUGUUCACAAGAUACAUAAAUGUAUAUUUUGUAUUUUUUAAAGCGUCUAUGUUAUGGACUUUUGACAGAUUUGUUUGUUUAUUGAUUAUGUCAUGUUAAUAAAUAUGCUGUUUUAUUUA